UGGCGGUAGUGGCACAGACCUAGUUCAUUGUAGUUUUGUGAGGUUUGUUGCGCUAUAACCAUGUCGCAUACCAAUUCAUCCAGUUACUUUCGGCCCAAAAAUCCGAACGAGGCAGAUCCGUUUGCUUCCUUUACUUCUCAAAAUGGACAAAGUAAUAGCAAUAGCAGUUACCCACAGACUGCAAAUAGCAUGUUCGCACCCGCAUCUGCACCCGCGGCUACAGCGAACACUAGCAGCUAUGAUACUAGUGAUAACGCGGGAGGGGUAGGUUAUCCUGUGUACAACAGUGUCCUCAAUAACACUAGCAGUAUGUUUGGGUCAACCAGUACCAAUGUCAGUAGUGAUUCCACCAUGGUACAGCAACCAGACCAUAGCGUAGCACAACAACAACAACAAACACCACCACCACCACCACCACAACAGACAACACAAACACAACCCAUCAACCCAUCACCAUCAAUACAACGGAAGGGCAUGAACUUAAGAGCAGCGAUGCAACGCAAUACAUCCACGCCCACAGGUCCAGUACUACAGGGCCCGCCCAAAGCGUCCCCUACGGACAGUUGGCAUCAGCUACCCCCCUCCGCUCCCAAACCCCAAUCUCCUGCAAAAAAAUCUACAUCAGUUAACACACAUGCAUCCAAUUUUGUGUAUGGCGGUAUGAGUGAGAACGCAGAUGGCACACUGCCCAAUGUAUUUGUGCCCCAACAAUCGCAGUACAUGCAGCAGACACAAGCACAGCCACAGACGGCACAAGGUAUGUUCGGUGGCCCACCACCUGUCAGUAAUCCAAAUUCAUUCUCAGCGCAAGAAAAUAUUUAUAACCAGACCAGUGUUAUGGGUACAGGGAGUGGAUCCUUUUUUCAGGCCUCGCAUACAGGUGUUACACCGGCAGUUACAAACAAUAGUAUCAGCAUGCUCGGUAAUGCAGGUGCGGGUAGCGGAAAUGCCAGUGGUGAUGUUGGAGGAUCAUUCUUCGAUAGCUUCAGUAAACAACUACCUGCAAGUGUAGUUAACAGGGAAACUGAUAGCCCCACGGAUACGAGUAUUGGCGGGGACAAUAUACUAAACAGUAGCAGCCCCGAUCAAACGAGUAUGCAAGGGCACAUGGGUAAUCGGGAACCAGCGAUCAGUCAGGCACCAUUAUCGGCGGAUUACUCGAGACCAGAGGCGGUUGCAGGUGGACACCCGGCUACGUCGGAAGCGACGCCGGAGAAGGAUAGUGGAAGUGUGCAUGAUGGAGGCGGGGAUAUGAAUAGACAUUUGAGUAUGCAAUCCGUAGAUACAGUCUUUAGUGAUGACGGGGAUGAUGAUGAUGAUGACGACGAUGAUAGCGAUGAAAUGACAGCUGUCGUUGGGAAAAGCCCGAUGAUGCCGUUUAUGCAACCUAGUACACCUACUGAAGCCGUUAGAAGCAUUGGUGAGACCAAUGUUGCCGACAACGAGAAUAGGACGACAAAUCAGGAGUCUAGCACACCAAACGCCCCUCAUUUUGACUCGACCAAAGUCGUGGCACCGCCAGCGCCUAUCGCUGCAAACCUUUUUAGCUCGGGUGCCCCUGCAGCGUCCGCUCAGGGAGAUUUAGCCCAGGACAUAUCUCGCAGCUCAGGCUCUAUAACAGAGAACAACCCGUCUGCAGCAUCAAUAUUCCGGACAUCUGGACCUCCACCACCGAUGGCGUCGGGAGGGCUUUUUAAUAGCGAAGUAGCCACUGACUAUUCCGACUCACAAGCAGCAGAAGAAGAGUUAACGAGUGCAUCUCCAGCCGCAGACGUGUGCCGGGAGACUAGCCGACAGUCCACAGCAACAAGCAUGGAGAGUACACCAUCAGAUACACAGGCAACAGCCUCAGCUGAGUCGAUGUUCAAUACACCCAGUGCGGGUGCGUACUUCACCUCGGCGCCCCCACCGUUUGCCACAGAUCCUCAACAAUCGCAGUACGACGCGCCCUCCAUCGGUCAACCCGCCCCGAAUCAACCUGCGUACAAUAUCGGACAAUUAGGCGCAAAUCAGUCGCAAGAGACUAGUCGGCAAACUUCGGAUGCGAGCAUGGGUUCACAUGCACCUACCGCUUCUUCUAUGUUUGGUGUGUCCCCACCGCCUAUGGCAAGCGCUGUCUUUGCUUCUGGGCCAUCUGGGGCGGUACCAGAAUCAGAAUUAGAACAAACAGGUACCGAUAACAGCGCGUUUAAUUACAGCCAAUCAGAACAGGCCAAUGUUCAGAAUGCGGAAUUAAUUGGAGACAGCUUGCGUGAAAACCCAAAUCCAGAGAAAAGUGUGGCUACACAGGCUUCGACCACCAACCUCGCCGAAAAUCAAUCGUUGCAAGCAGAUUUGGGGACCGAGAACCAGCCUGACACUGGAUCGACAGUCAGUGAACCGAGUUCACCAAUGCCAAUGUUUGGAGCUCCUCCAACCGCGAACGCACACGACUCUUCCGGCAGUGCACCCCCUGCCGCCCUGAAUACGUGUGAUCUGUCCAAUGGACAGGCUGAAGCGUCUGUAGGUACAACAAAUCCUUCGCCACCACCGGUGACUGCGCAAAGUUUUCCGCCUACUGCGGAUACUGCACUCAGCACAGACCAGCCCUCGGACGUGCCUGAGCCACCUCAACCGCCAUCUACAGUGCAUGCGCAACCAGAUUCUGCACACACUGCCGUAGAAGACAACGUAUCCUUAACAGAUACGCAUCACCCAACAGCCUCGGGGUUAUUUGGAGCGCCUCCAUCGAACGGGGACAGUGGGGGAUUGUUCUCAGGUGCACAUCCACCUGUGUCCGAACCAGUAGCCCAACAACCCGCUGUACAGGAGCAGGCGUGGCCAAUCGCAACAAGUGAGUCACCUGCUGAACAACACCCAAUAUCAGCAUCACACAUGUUCAGCGCGGGCCAAUCUACAGGCACGAGCGGCAUGUUGAUUUCCGGUACCAAUUCCGGUACCACUUUCGGUGCAUCACCAAUGGGUCCUCCCCCCACGCAACCAGAAACCAGUGGAACGCAAUCACACCCUGCCGAUACUAGCAGCAGAGACCACAAUCAGUUUUCGGCGUCGCAUAUGUUCAGCACGCAACCCUCACCUUCAGCCAGUGCUUUCUUCACACCCGGCCCUCCCCCAGUACCCAGCCAGUCGACCCAGCCAGACACACUAGCCACGGCUCCACACUUAGAAACCGUAGGCAACAUAUUUACCCCGACAUCACCGGCGCAAGGAUCUGCCAUACAAGCCCCUUCUAUGUCGGGAUACUUUAAUCCUGGCGCACCCCCAGUGGGUAUGCCCACGGAGCAGGGCGAACAGGCGGCGGCGUAUGCGGAUGUCAAGCCUACUGCGUCAGUGGACAUGUCAUUGUUUGGUUCGCAGAACAGUGCAGCACCUCCGGUAGAUGUCCAAUAUGGGCAACCGCAAGCGCCAGCGACAGCAGCGUCUGAGCCUGUGGGCAUACAGCCGUCAGCCCCGCCCAUGUCUGAGAUGCAAAUGCAACCUCCGUUAAUGGCGAGUGGUGGUAGCUACGAGAACUCUCCCCAGGCACCUGACAACGCGACACCGCAAGCGACGCUCUCAGGUACAGCGUUCGGUGCGCAACCCCCGCCCACGGCGAAUGCGUUGUUUGCGCAAGAUAGUUCCCUGUCCAAUGCCCAAGCUCCACCCGCUCAGGAUAUGGCAACUGAGGGUACAGAACCAAAGGACCAACCGGCUGAGACGGCUGAUCGGCAAGCUCCUGCUAUCAGUACAAGCCACCCAUCAGCCGCAAUGAUGUUUGGUGCCCCGCCUCCGCCGACCGUGGGUGGGUUCUUCAACCCUACAAUGCCGGCAGGUAACGCUAUAAAUAGGACAGAAGAGACGGCCUCGGCUCCACCUCCCAUGGCUGGUGGGUACUUCAAUCCCGAUGCUUCAACUGUUGGGACGUACACGGAUAGUGUUGCUGCCGCACCACCAGUAGAAGUAACAGAUAUGCCAGAGCCCAGUCAAACGGGCGUGCCCGGCUUGCCGUCAUUAGCACAGGUACAAGCAUUCAAGCAACCGCAAGAGUCGUCCGAAACCAAUGCACAGGCUGAUGGCGCGUUUGAACACAGCGCGCCUGUGACCGACAGCAGUACUGCCAACUACGAGGGUUUCUUUGGGAACGGCACAGAGGGGGGCAAUCAGCAGGCCGGUGAGGCUACCGAGCCAACUAUUAUCAACAACGUCACCCGAUCACAGUCAACAGACUUUGUGCCUGCGAGCCUCAUGGUGGCCGGUGUAUCGCGUACCGGCUCUGUAGUUGGGCAAGAUGUCGAUACCAACUCAGACAAGUUGGAUGCAAAUAAGGCACCGGGCGCUGGUACUAUACCACGUUCUACGGAACUUACACAGACUGGUGUGUCGCCUGCAACAUAUCCUCCACCCACACUACAGCACGAGCACGAACACGACUCCGCAAGGGGCUACGGCUACGGCACCGCCACACUCACCAGCAGCGUGCACGAGUUCAACAGCGGUGACCGAGACACACAGAGUGGGGGUGGCGUGGUGGACAGUACCACAGACGCACGCAGCAACGCGCCAUCGAUGUAUGUGUCAGACACUACGGCGCGCAGGACCAUUGGCAGGCCCGCGGUGCCGUUUGUGUCGUUCGGGUUUGGUGGGAGCGUGGCUGUAGUGAAUGGGCGGGAUGCGCAGGUGAAGGUUUCCUCCGUCGGGUCAAUCACCGCCCAAACUAAAUACUACCAAGCGCUGGCCACGUUUCCAGGCCCUCUACUACCCAACACCGAUCCGACCGCCGUGUUACACUUCCUGCAGCAGAAGUCCAACGAAGCGUAUCCCGACAAUCUCAUCUACGACUUCCUUGCGUUCCUGGUUAAGAACAAAGGCAUGGGCACCCAAGCCGACAACGGCGGUCGCACAAUGAGCCAAGACCUGGUGGAUCUGUUGAUCACCACGGACGAUGAAUCGGCCUUCAUCGGCGUCAAGCAGAGCCAAUCAGAAGCGCUAGAUCAGAUCGGCUUGCAGUCUUCGAAGAGGAAGCAGAAUACGGUCGCUCGUAACACAGCCAUGCUGAAGCAAAUCACGCAGCUAAUGACUGAAGGCAAACAGCAAGACGCAGUGGUGUUGGCUGUAGACGAGGGCAUGUGGGCGUGUGCGCUGGCCAUGUCGUCGCAUGUGGACGCGCUGGUGUUCCAUCGCGUGCUGUUGCGCUAUGCCAUCGCCGAGUUCCCGCCGCGUCAUCCCAUGCUCAUGCUGUUUGUGCAGUACUGCGAGGGGGUGCUGGGUGACGAAGCGACGGAGUUUGCUGGCCAGAACAGCCAGGGCAGCGCUCCAGAGACCCACUCGGCCCACCACAGGCACACGGGCAGCUGUGAUGGCAUGGCCAGCGGCGCCAGUGCACGUGGUAGAAUGUCAGGCGAUCACAACGACAACACCAGCAGCGACGACACCAGCGGCUGGCGGGAGAAUCUGUGCAUGCUACUGUCCAAUCGGGACAGCGCGGAUGGCAACAACGCGAAGAAUAUCCUGCGGCUGGGUGAUCGUCUGUUGGAUUCGGGCCAUAUCCACGGUGCCCAUGUCUGUUUCAUGUGUGCUGGAGAGGAGCCUGCUGUCUUGAUGCCGGGUGCUAGAUUCACACUGAUUGGAAAGAGCUUCCAUGACGGUGACCUGCACUUUCCCGACUGCAACAUUCAGCUUACGGAAAUGUACGAGUACGCGAACGCGUUAAGGAAUCCACGCUUCACGCUACCGGCUCUGCAGCCCUUCAAAUUAGUGCACGCUGCAAGAAUCGCCGAUAUGGGCUUCGUGGACCAGGCCGUUGGACCCAGCGAAGCAAUUGCAAAGCCCGCACAGUGGUUCCGCAAGAUGGCGAGCGGUGUGGAGAAGCUCAAUGCCUUCAUGACCACCACCCUCGACGACACCGACAGACCCAAAGGCACCACAGCCGCUGCAGUCUCAGAGAUGCGUGCCGCUAGCAGCAGUUAUAGCAGCAGCCAGAUACAAGACCAGGCUGAUUUAGUACGACCCCAACCAAUGUACGACCCCAACGCACCCCCGCCGCCGUUUAUCCCGGUGCAGAAUCACGCCACCGCCACACCGCACAUGAUAGCACCUGCACCCCCACUACACGGACAGGGCCAUGCAAGUCCGGGACAGAUAUUCGCCCCGGCACCUGCACUAACCAGUACACCCGCAAACGGGGCGGUUUCGGGGUCACAGCCAAUGCCACCGCUGCCGAGUUUCUCACCAGCGCCACCCCCCAGUCAUUUUGGUGCACCCCCUCACGCUCUCUCGCUUCCCCAGGAGCCCAUGCACGUAGACAGCAGCAAUACACCAAGUGUCGCAGCAAAGCCUUUCCAGUCACCUGUGCCUGCGACUGCUAUGGAGGGACCACCCUCUACUGCACAGCAGACCUCACCCUUUCAGCCCCAGAUGCCACCACACAUCAGCCAUCCAUCAUCACCACCACCCACGGCAACAGUCGGUGCUGAUGGGAGUCCCGCGAUGCCACACAACAUUAACGUACCGGCACAAAGUUUUAUGCCACUGGUACCACCCGCCUCGCAGGGCCUAUGGGCAGAGACCUCACGUUACAGCGCCACCUCGAUGAUCACAAACCCAGCCUCGCCUCACGCACACUCGUGCGACGCUUUAUCGGCAAAUCCUGCGACUGUUGUGUCGCCCGUUGACGGUACUCCGCAGCCACCCUUCAUGCCUGUGUCUGGUACAAAGCUUAUGGGUUCAUCGCUGUCGGCCCUUGGCUUUGUACCUUCUCCUGCACCUGUUCAAGAUCAACUGUCGCCUAAGCAGCACCCCACACCGCAGACGCUUCAACAGUAUGAAGUAGAGCCCACACACGAACCACUGAGUGCCUUCAACCAGAGUGACCACGUGGGCGAACCUGAACACCACCAACGGCAUUCAGUAACACAGCAGCGCAGCGAGAAGGCUGCGGAGACGGGCGGGGGUGUUGGUGGGUGGUUCAGUUCCAUCAAGAGUUGGCUGCCGGUCGUGCCCCAGCAGACAGAGGAGGAAGAUCCGUGGAAGCAAGAGAAUACCAUCAAAUGGGAUCCUGUCGAGAAGAAGUGGAUUGAUUUGGCGGGAGGGAACGAACCUGAGGAAGAGGAGACAGCUCCUGCAGGGCCCAUCGCCCCACCUCCGAUGUCGAGUUAUCUGACAGCCGGGGAUAGCGGUGCACCUUCAUCGUCUGCAUCGCCCGCUGCCAUGGGCGCACCGACGAGCCCACAAUCUCCAGCUGCGUCGCAACAAUUACUAGGACCCACACCUGCUUUCCCGGGCACUGGAGCCUCGCCAACAAACAAAGGUCGGCGCCAGGCCCGUUAUGUACCGCCGCCCUUGUAGUCUAAUAAAGUUUGCACCGUCAAAUCCUCCAUCAAGAAAACCCCCCCAAAUGCACUUAAUAUACAUUGCCCGUUGUGGGUCGCCACUCCUGGAGUCGAACAUACGCAGCAUGGGCUGCAUCCACUUUAACAUCAAAUGGAGUGUAUGACCAUCGCACAGCCUUCUGAAGGCAAGAAGGCUGUGUGUAUAGUAGCAUUGUGUGCAUGGCCGCGGACAGCCAACAUCAAUUCUGGGGUUAUGAAGGAUCCACGAUCAUAGCCUAAACUUCUCUUAGGGCUUGAGAUUCAACUCUCGUGGAAUAGAAUUAAGAUAUUCGCACUCGCAAUAUAAUGAAGUCAAG